AUGGAGGAUAUGGAAGUAGACGCAUCACCACCUCCUUUCGAGUUAAGCAGAGUUAUAAGGGCUCAUAAAAGCGAUGUUAGAUGCUUAACAGUUAACGCUUCGAAUGUUUUGAUCUCAGGAGGACGAGAUAACACUGUGAAGUUCUGGAGCAAGAAAGGUGGAGAAUACAAUGAAACGAUCUCAUAUUCUCAGCCAAGUGUUGUCACCUCCGUUGCAUAUUAUGAAGCUGAUGGUGAUUGGAAGCUUUUCGUUGGUCGAAGAGAUGGUUUAGUUGCUGUUUACGGCUCAGGAAGCAAAGAUCCACUUCACGUUCUAUCAUACCAUACUGCCAACGUUUCUUGUCUGUAUGUUGAUCAAAAGAAGAAAACAUUACUCAGUGGAUCAUGGGACAAUAACGUAGUUAUUUGGUCGAUACCUUUCUUAGGAAGUGAUGAAGCUGUGCGAUAUGUUCUGAAAGGACAUACACUAUCUAUUUGGGCUCUGUGCACCUUGCCGGAUGAAUCAGGAUGUUGUUUGACUGCUAGUGCUGAUAAAACUAUUAAGCUGUGGAAUGGAGAAGAAGCGGUUCAGACAUUCCAAGGUCAUACCGAUGUUGUUAGAGCACUGUUGUUAGUAAACGAGUCUCAAUUCAUAUCGGCUGCGAACGACUCAAAAAUUCGGCUUUGGAGCAUUGAGACGUCGUCUUGCUUGGCUGUUUUUUCUUCAUUGGUAGAUGAGUUCAUCUUCAGUUUAACAAUGGUGGGACCAUUCGUUAUCUCCUGUGGGGAAGGUGGAGCAAUUGAAGUAUGGCAGACCGAAUUGAAGGAAAAUGUUAUGAACAUGAGUCACAAACAACUGAUCAGAACCCCAGCUGUAACAGCAUGGAGUUCCGUGGGUUUGAGCAAUGGCGACUUCGCCGUUGCUGCAAGUGAUGGGCGAGUCUAUGUAUACACUAAUAGCGAGGCUCGUAGAGCCAAACCUGAAGUUCUCGAAGAGCUUGAUAGUGAACUAGCUGCACGUGUUGCUGCUCAGAUGGAACGACAGGAACGUUCUACUUCUGAUGUAGUCACAAUCAAAGUUGCUCUAGAUGAUGGAGCUGCGAACAUGGAGCUAAACUAUAAAAAGAAUACUGACCCUGUUGUAGCUGCAGAGAACUUCCUGAAGCAAUAUAACUUACCCAUUUCAUACUUGACGGAAAUAACAGAUUAUAUUUGUGCGAAUAUUCCUGAAGCUCGUCAGUUUCAAGCGAAAAAAAUGAAACCACAGGAGACGCAGCGUGUAGAGUUCGAAGGAGAGAAGUACGAUUCUGCUCUCGAGAUAACUCUUGAAUCUGGACAGAAGACAACUUUAGCCUACAACUAUGACGAUGAUCCAGAUUACACCGCUCAGAAGUUCUGUGAGAAGUACAACCUUCCUAUAAAGUUCAUUGGCCAGAUUGCUAGUCUUGUUCGCCGAGACAAAACUGGUCAAGGAAAAACCUCUGGACAAGGAUAUGAGGAUCCGUUCACGGGAGGAGGAAGAUAUUGUCCUCAAUCGAACAGUGAAGAGAGUUCAUCUACGUUUUUGGAUCCUUUUACUGGUGGUGGGAGAUAUAUUCCAUCAGAUGCAUCUGAUAGUGUUUCAAACUCAGGAGAUCCUUACACGAGCGAUGGAAGGUAUGUUCCUGGAUCUAGCAAUGAAGGCGCUAUGCCCAUUGCCAGUAUGGCGAAACGUGAUAAGAAGAAACCAAUGGGAGAAUUGGUCCCCAUUUCUGUGUUCUUUUCUUUCGGAGUUGAACAAUUGAGUCAGAAGGCUAUUAUAAAGCUGAGAGAGACCAAUGAUAAGCAAGAUCAGUACAGAUUGAACGAAGAUCAAAUGGGAGAGUUGGAGAGACUGAUGGGUGCUAAAUCAGGAAGCAUUGAAAUUAAACCCUCUCUGACCACUGCGUUGGACACAGCAUUAUUGUGGUCUAUUGAGGAUAUCGCUCCCGUUUGCGAUCUUUUCAGAGUUGCUCUCCUCCACGAAAAUCUCAACAGUCUUUUCUGUGAUCUUAAUGGUCGAGGACGUAAUAUUCUUGAACGCUUGACUUCUAUCUUGAUCAGUGAUCCUUCUGAUGCAGUUAAAAUAUUCAUUUGUAGAGCAUUAGCUAACGCUUUUGCUCAUGCGAAAGGAGAACUUUUGCUCCAGCAGGACAUUGGAGGACUCAUUCCUAUUGUGGCUUCUCAAUUGACAUCUCAGAGAGAACCUUUGCAAAUUGCUGCCGUUUCUGCACUCGCUAACUGGUCAUUCUCUAUGCUGAAACAGUCUGCGACCGUAUCGGAGUUGGGUCCGAGGGAGGAUGUUCUACGCCACCUUAUCAAGGUUCUGGAGGCAUUCCCAUCAUUCGGUGGAUAUUCUCAACAGGCGCUCAUCCGUUUAUUACAAACGAUCGUAACUUUGAUGUGGGGUGACUCUGAAGUUAUCAGCUUGGCGAAGUCCAGAAGUAUCGUCAGCAUUGUUAAUAAGAUAAAAGAUGCAGUAACUGAUGAGAGAGGAAAACAUAUUUCACGGGAUAUUGUCGAAAUGACAUACGCUGUAUAA